CAAGGUCUUGAAAGGUCCUUUUUGAGUUUGCCCUUUUCUUUUUUAUGUACUCUGCAGUUUUUGAAAUGCUGUCUAUCAUGCUUUGCUGUCCUAAAAGCUCGAUCCAGUCUUCACCAACUCUUCAAUCCGGUUUAUUUAAUUCACGAAAAACUGGUUUCACCAGAUGUCUCCAGUUUUUGGUCGAGUCAGUUCUGUCGUUUUUCUUCGAACUGUGAAAUUCACAGCACGUCUAAACUAUCGCAAACUAGCGUCAUCUCUAAUCAGUGAAGUUAUGAAACUCUACAGCAACCGAGGGAAUCCAUCCCUGCUUCGUAUUUUGGCAGCAAAAAAACUGGCAGAUGUCUCAAUGACGAUACAGUACAUCACAAAUGGAGAUAGGGCAAAAUUCACUCCCCAAGGAAGUAGCAAGCUGCCAGUGCUUGAGACUGACGGUGGAAAGUUAUUGCACAGCCCAAACAUCAUUUGCAGGUACCUCCUUGACCUCGGUGGAAGCUCAGAUGUAGCUCCUGAACCUUAUGAGAAAGCAAUUGUUGAUCAGUGGGUGGAGUGGGAGAGCACAUCUCUGCAGCCUGUAAUCUUCAAUCAUCUUGUAAGGUCAAUUGGCCAGGGGAGAUCUAGAGAGCACAGUGGCCUUGUUGACGAUGUGGUAAAUCUCCUGAGACAUGCAGAUGAAGGUCUUACUUCCAAGAAGUACUUUUCUGGGGAUCACCUGGGGCUAGCCGACGUCAUCCUUUGGGGUUCCUUGCACCCUUUGUUCAUGGAGGACCCGAAAUUAUCAGAUCCAUGCAUCUCAAACUUAAUAAGGUGGCACGACCUGCUUAUGUCUCAGGAACUUUUCAUCAAAACUGAAUCUGAGGUCGCAGGAGGAAAAGGAUUUUCUGCCUUUAAGGAUGCUUUGUUGGCAAUGCUUGACGCUCAUGAGGAGACGACAAAAGGUUCUCCAUCAUCUCAACAAGAGCAAGAACGUGAUUCUGCCACAGAGGAGAGAAUUCUUGCGAAAGUUCUUUCAAGGGAAGAAAUUGAUUUGGCCUUUGAGCAUUGGAAUAGUGGAAGCAAAAACCGCCCGAAAACUCGCCGGCUUGUGGAUCCUAUUCUCCCAAUCGAAGGAGAGAGGAACAUUCUCAUCACCAGUGCCUUGCCCUACGUAAAUAAUGUGCCUCAUUUGGGAAAUAUCAUUGGCUGUGUCCUUAGUGCUGACGUAUUUGCCAGAUUUUGCCGCCUUCGUCAGUACAACACGCUUUACAUCUGUGGGACGGAUGAAUACGGCACAGCCACAGAAACCAAGGCGUUAGAAGAAGGUCUUACACCCCAGCAGAUCUGUGACAAGUACUUCAAGAUUCACAAAGAAGUCUACGAAUGGUUUCAGAUCAAGUUUGAUUUCUUUGGGAGAACAACCACUCAGCAACAGACUGAAAUCGCCCAAGACAUUUUCUGGCGACUUCACAAACAAGAUCACUUAGUUGAGGACACCCUGGAACAGCUUCAGUGCGUGGAGUGCAAAAGGUUUCUUGCUGACCGUUUUGUUGAGGGUACAUGUCCCUUCUGCAACUAUGAGGGUGCCAGAGGAGAUCAGUGCGAUUCCUGUGGAAAGCUUAUUAACGCUAUUGAGCUUAAGAAACCUCGAUGCAAGGUUUGUGGAGGAACAUCAAAAGUGAGAAGCAGCAAGCACUUGUUUUUGAAUUUGCCCAAGCUGGAAUUGUCCUUGCAGACUUGGAUCGACAAAUCUUCCUCUGAAGGCACAUGGACCUUAAAUGCUCGCCAAAUUACUCAGAGUUGGAUCAAGGAGGGCCUCAAGCCACGAUGCAUUACACGUGAUUUGAAAUGGGGCACCCCUGUUCCUUUGGAAGGAUACACGGAUAAGGUCUUCUACGUGUGGUUUGAUGCACCAAUAGGGUACCUCUCCAUCACAGCAAACUACACGAACGAGUGGGAGAAAUGGUGGAAAAACCCUCAACAAGUCUCUCUUCAUCAGUUCAUGGCAAAGGAUAAUGUCCCUUUUCAUACUGUUGUGUUCCCGUGCACUCUGAUUGGUGCAGACGAUAACUACAGUCUUUUGAAUUCUAUCAGCGCGACAGAAUACCUCAACUACGAAGAUGACAAGUUCUCCAAGAGUCGUGGGGUGGGAGUGUUUGGUGAUCAUGCAGCCGACACAGGCAUAGCUGCAGAUGUGUGGAGAUUCUACCUGCUUUUCGUCAGGCCCGAGAGUCAGGAUAGUGCUUUCAGUUGGUCGGAUUUUGUCUCACGUAACAACACUGAGUUGCUCAACAACUUUGGCAAUUUCAUUAACCGCGCCUUGAUGUUUGUCCAGAACAACUUUGAUAGUUGUAUACCAGCCAUGGCAUUGACAGAUGAGGACAAGAAGUUCAUCGCACUUAUCAAUAAAGAGUUAAAGACGUACAUCGAUAAUCUUGAGAAAAUGAGGCUCCGAGAAGGAUUAAAAGACGUACUGAACAUAUCCAAGCUUGGUAAUCAGUACAUACAUUCCAACCAGCCGUGGGUUCUCUUCAAGGGCAGCGAAUCAGAAAGAUCACGUGCAGGCACAGUCAUAGGCAUCACAGCAAACCUCUCUUGGCUGCUUUCUGUUCUCGUUCAUCCAUACAUGCCAGGAGUCAGUGAAGAAAUUCAACGCCAGUUGCAGGUCUCCGACGAAGGCAAUGUGGUGUUGGACAACUUUAUUCCUUAUCUGGAAACUGGUCACAAAAUUGGAACGCCCAAACCGCUCUUCCAUAAGAUCGAUGCCUCCGUUGCGGAUCAGUUCCGCGCAAAAUAUGGUGGAUACAAACAAAAGCAACCAGCUGCAGACAAAAAAACAAAAGAAGCCAGCAAGGGAUAA